AUGAACAUACAGCUGAUUAAUAGAGUUAAAGAAUGCACCACUAAAGUCAUCACCACUAGUAAUAUUGAAGAACAACUCUUGAGGCAAAAGGCUAAAGUGAACUGGUUGAGACUUGGGAAUGGAAAUAAUGCCUAUCUCCAUGCAACCUUGAAGACAAUAAGAAGGCAAAACCAUAUUGUUAUGAACGAAACCGAUGAUGGAAGAAACAUACAAAAUCAAAAGGAGAUUGAGCAAGAAAUUGUUAAGUAUUAUGAAAAUCUUGUGGGCACUGCUCAGAGGGAACUCUUGAUUAUUGAUAUUGUUGCCUUGAGAAAAGGUCCUCAACUGACUGUUGAGCAAAGGAACUUUCUGAUAGCUCCAAUAAUUGAGACAAAAAUAUGGAAAAGCCUGAAGGGGAUUAAAGAUUUAUCUGCUCCCGGUAUUGAUGGCUACAAUGCAAAAAAAUUUAAGUCGACAUGGGAGAUUAUUAAGCUGGACUUCAUUAGUGUUGUGAAAGAUUUUUUCCAAAAGAUUAAACUCUAUAAAGCUAUUAACUGCACUACAGUCACUCUUAUCCCAAAUGCUUCCGCAACUAGCAAGAUAAAAGAAGUUCAGACCCAUCUCAUAUUGCAUAGUGAUCUACAAAGUUAUAUAAAAAAUAAUGGCAAAUAUACUUGGGAAAGUACUUACAGAGGAUAUAGUACAAAAAAGAAGCUCUUAUAUGUAUGGUGCAAAUGGAUCUAUAAAAGGUGA